AUGUCUACAGAAUCCGAGGAACAAGAUGAAGUGGCGCAAAACAACCCUGCGUCUGGUUUGCUUUGCAGUGUGUGCAAGGAAAUCGAUUUUGAAUCAGCUGUGUUGCAUUUUCAGCAAUAUAAUGGCAAAAACUACAGCUUUAAAGAAAUUGACAGAAGCUUCAUACAAGAAACGAAAGACGACUUAGUAUCUAAACCAAGUAAGACAUAUAAAGAAUAUUCAGAGGAGUUGACUAAGUACUUUCUGGAGCUCGAUCAACGGUUUCUAGAAAAGAGAUUGCUCGAAUUCAAAAUCCUUGAAGAUAAAUUGCAAAUGGGACUUGACGAACUAAGGGAGACCGCCAAAUAUUGGGCUAUAUUUGUAGGGCUUACCGACGACCGCAACGAGAAUGAAGGGAAAGAGGAGUGUGUUAUUUGCCGUGUCUCAAGACGACUCAGACUUUCUAAUCUUAGCAUGCCAUGCGAGGACGAUUCUAGACUUUACGCCUGGCGGCUUUCUGACUUUUGGCUGUCUCGUCACUUUAUAGAUGGAGGUGGAUCUUUGAGUACAAGAUCAAGCAAAGUGCUUGAUGCUCAUUUCGCCGGAAUCGAUAUUGCAUUCUUACCGUGGACGUUGCCAGACGAUUUACGAGACGUCGACCGUGUACUUAGGGCAGCCUUAGAAGAAGGAAUGCUAGUCGGAAUUCUUAAACGCAACAGGGGCAAGUUCCUGCGGCUCCAGAUAGUUCCUCCUAAGUUUGAUGCAAUGAAAGCACAGAAGUGGCUGGACGCUUGUAGUAAAGAACACCGCUCGUGUAAUCAACCUUCUAAGCUUCCUUCGUUGGCACCGAUGAUGCUUAUUAAUUGCGAAGAUUUGUCAAUUGAAAAAGCACAGCUCGGACAUCAGUGGGUUGCUCUAAGUUAUGUCUGGUCACUGGCCACUCCUGAGCAAGGUACCUUACCUGCCAGGGUAAUUCCUAGGAAAGGUUCGACUGGUCUCGAAGUCCCUCAAUUCAUCCCCAAUACCAUUGCAGAUGCAAUAUCGGUCACGCUUGAUCUGGGAUAUAAGUACCUUUGGGUCGACAAGUACUGUAUCGAUCAGAAUAAUCCAGCUGCAAGAUCACUACAGAUUGCGCAAAUGUGUGAGAUCUACACGGAAGCAACGCUAACUAUCGUCGCGGCUGCUGAUAGAAUUGGGCUUCCAGGUGUUGGUCAAACACCUCGCGUGCCACAAGCAAACUUUACUCGUGGUGAUACCAUGGUUUUUUCCACGACGCCUGGGGUGCGAUCACAGCUCAGGAACUCACAAUGGUCUAGCCGUGGAUGGACUUUUCAAGAGGAAUAUUUUUCUGGUAGAAGACUGUACUUCACCGAGCAUGAAAUGAUCUUCCAAUGCCCCCAAAAUCUGCAGUGUUGCGAUUCGAUAGGAGGUGUUGAGCAUGCAACCGAUUUCAGGGAGAAAAGAUUGUAUGAUAGACGUAUACAACCUGGGAUACUUCACCACGAUGGCAUCAGGUUUAGUACAGCGAUCGACAUGUAUUCAAAUCCUGAUAGGUCGAAGUAUGACCAAGUGGGUGAGUUGGAACGCUUUUACAUAUUCGUGGGAGAAUUUUCACAGAGGAAUCUAACAAAUCAUAACGACACGCUUGACGCUUUUCGUGGCAUUUUGCAGUUGUUUGAGCGCAUGCAACCCCCUCUACACAAUAUUCAAGGAAUCAUCUGUCUUCCAUUCGACGAUACUAAGUCAGCAGAGGAGUAUCUGAGAACUUUUGUCACAGCUUUAUUGUGGACUUCUGCGGACGAUAUGGUCAUGAGCCGAAAUGACGCAUUCCCAACAUGGGCAUGGGCGGGCUGGAAAGGAAAAGUGGAAUGGAGCCUCUGGGGUUCCAUGUUUCCGUAUCGCAGUUUUAUCUCCCUAAUAAGUAGAAUCGAUGUCGAAGAUUCUAGCGGCCACAAGGUGUCAUUAGAGAAGGCGGCAUUUUUUCAGGAUUACCGAACCUGCCCAACAAUCCUGAAUAUUCACGGCUAUGUAGUGUUAUAUGAUCUUAUUGAAUUUGCCGACUGGGACGGGAAAAAGACGUCCCACCCUACUAGAUAUCUUGAACGUCCAUUACGCUUUCUAUACUUUCGGACAAAGCAAUACAUGACCAAGCUCGGCAAACCUCUGACGGAGCUCGAUGGCCGGUUUCGAAACGGGAGUCUGGAGUGGCUGCUUCUUGGGGAACAAAGAAUUCAAAAACCUAAUGCUCAGGAAUGGCAGGUGGAGAUAUGGGCAAUGACUAUUGAUUGGGAAUCAUCAGGGUCGUCCGAUGACAAGACGGCACAGAGAGUCAUGAUAUGCUCGGGUCUCUGGACAUACAAAGACGUCGAACCUCCCAACCCGUCCAUAGAGUUGUUUUCUAAGGACUUAGUAAGGAAGACGGUUCGCCUCUCUUAA